AAAAUCAGUCGAAAAUGUUGUAACAUAACCAAAGUAAUGUGUAAUCAUAGAACAUCUCACAAUGAAAACAAUUAGUGCAUCUUAUACGAACGGAAAUCGAACAGAAAAUACAAAAAACAACAUUUGAUUGCAGGUUGAAUUGAAGUGGAACGGAAAGAAAUGUUACGUCGAUUGUUUUCUACGAUAGUGGAUUCGACUGUACAAAUGGAUAGAAGUCCAUUCAAUGGUGUAAAUUUAACGGGAUCGUUUGGUAUUAAGAGGCUUGAAAGCUUGGACUGGCUGCAUUCGAUGAGCUUAUGCUUUCCGCUCCAAGCUGGCCAAAUUGAAAUUAUAACUGAGCCACAAGCGUUUUAUACCAAAUUACAAACACUUUGUAUAAACGCAGUGAAUCGCAUUGGCAUAGCUAGCUUAUAUAUCGGUACAGAUCAACUCGAAUCACAACUCGUAAAGGAUAUUGAACAGAAUGUUUGUAAUAAUUCACAACUCAAAGUGAAUAUUCUGAUCGAUUUUACCCGAGGCACACGGGGUGAUAGCAGUAAAACAUCAUCGAAACAAUUACUGCAACAACUUUUGAAUAAUAGUACAAACACUUCGCUCUCGUUGUAUCAUACGCCGAAAUUGAGGGGAAUAAAGAAGCGAGUAAUGCCAGAUCGAUGGAAUGAAUUGAUCGGGCUACAGCACAUGAAAAUUUAUGUGGCCGAUCACACGGUGGUAAUCAGCGGAGCCAAUUUGUCAAAUGACUACUUCAAGAAUCGACAAGAUCGCUACAUUGUUAUUAAGGACAAAAAUCUGUCUGAUUUCUAUUAUCAGCUUAUUGAAAAGGUGCAGGAAUUCAGUGUUCAGGUCUCGCCUGAAAGCAAAUACUACUCGCACUCAAAAUGGAAUGUUCUACCAUACGAAGAGGACCAAAAACGGUUCGUUAGUUUAGCAAACGAUUCAAUCUGUAAUUUCUUCACGACGACCGCCAAUGAAAUGAAAUGUCAAAUGGAAACAUUUCGGAGCAAUAAUGUAAAAAUUGAUACAUGGGUGUUUCCAUUAGUCCAAAUGGGUCAACUGGGCAUUCAUCAUGAUAGCUUUGUAACGGAAAACCUAUUCUUGAAGGCGAUACCAAACUCAAGGAUUAAUUUAACUACUGGAUACUUCAAUUUAACGCAAAUUUAUAUGGACACUAUAGCAACAAAGUGUGAGGCGCAUUGUGAUAUUCUGAUGGCUCAUCCAAAUGCCAAUGGUUUUCUAGGUGCUAAAGGACCAGCGGGUGGAAUACCAAUGGCCUAUUCACAAAUUUCAAAGAAUUUCCUGAAAAAGCUAAUUGAGUCGAACCAAAGCGAUCGAAUUAAAUUAUACGAAUACCAACGGCCUGGAUGGACAUAUCAUGCAAAAGGUCUCUGGUAUUAUUUACCCGGAUCAUAUACGCCGGAUCUUACACUAAUUGGAUCCUCAAACUUUGGUGAACGUUCAGUGAAUCGUGAUUUAGAGAGUCAAAUAUGUUUAGUGACUGUAAAUGAUGAACUUCGAAGGCAACUACAACGCGAGUAUGUCAAUCUGAAACGAUACAGUUCGCCAGCAGAAGACGAGCUACAAAGCAGAAUUGUACCAAAAUGGGUGAAAACUGCGGUUGUAUUCUUUAAAAACUUCUUCUAGUUUAUCAUUGGGCCAAUCGUAUGUCAUCCAAUACAUUAAUAGCACCCCUAUGUAAAGUAACGAUCUUCUUUUUUAAGUAUCCAGUGAUAUUCUGCGUUUUGUAUUACCUGAGUUUCCAAGCCAUAAAUUGUUGGAUUGUCCAAAUCCAUUGUUGUCUCUUUUUACCAAUUUAAUGAGAUUGAACGAACCGAUGUUUAGAUAGAAAUUGUUUAUUAUUUAAAUAUCUUUUAAUGUUGGGAGUCGUUUGUGCAAAACACCACGAAAUUUAAACAAAAUAAACGCCAAAAUGAACUACGAUAUAAAA